AUACUAAAUACUUUUCCUCAACAGGUUCCCAUUCCGUACAAUUUCAACUACGCUGUAAACGAUGCUUACAGAGGAACCAAUUUCGGUCAGAGCGAGAAGUCCGACGGCAGCAACGUGUGGGGAUCCUACACCGUCGCCCUUCCCGACGGCCGAAAGCAAACUGUCGACUACACAGCUGACCACGGCAGGGGAUUCGUGGCCAAGGUCAGCUACUCCGGCAAGGCUCAGCAUCCUCAAGUCUACGGUCCGGCCAUCACUUUCCCACAAAAUGGUGGCGGAUACCACUAA